AUGCUCAGUCGCGCCAACUUUCCCACCUCUCCCUUCAGAAAGGCGUACGAGACAAAAUCGCGCCUCUUCACUCACGGUGGCUCAUCUCAGCUCUCGAACCUUCAUCGUCUCGCUCCAGGCAGCCCGUCUCUCCCACGCAUCACUGGAAACGCAACCAGACGCCCUCUCCUCCUCAACACAACCCCCCUUGCCGAACCCCAGCGUGCCCGACGUGCCUCCCUCUCCCUCUGGCCAUCCGGCAGCGCGAAGCCCGUCGAGCAGCGCGUCAGCGAAGCCUAUCACCGCUACAGCGAUCUGAACGAUCGCGAACUCCUGCUGCUAUAUCUCGAUAAGCAGGAUGAGGCGUGGAUGAAACACUCAUCUCGCGUCCGUAUGCCGAGCUGGGCGGAUUAUGCGGGGUGGGUUACGAACGGCGGCGCUUUGCUUUAUUUUCUCUACUAUAUAGCGCCGGCGAUUGUAGCGGCGGGUGAGAAAGCCGGGAAGCAGAUGGCCCUGAAUUGGAACACCAUGACGACGACUCAGCGUCAGAUAUACAACAAGGUCGUGGAGAUUGAGAAGCGCUUGGAUAAGUAG